AUGCAGUUAAAUGAUAGGAGUUUUAGUCGUAUGCUUAAUCAAGCAUUAAGAUAUGAAGACCAAACUGAAGUCAAAAAUUAUUGGUUCAACUACCUUGAAUUAAUUUGGUCAGCACUUAAGCAAUUACCUUCUGCCAAAGGAAAUGUUUAUCAAGUUGUAAAUGGAAGAAUUAAAGAAAACUAUCCAAAGAAAAAAAUAAUUACUUGGUGGGGUAUCACGUCGUGUACACAAGUACCAGAUAAUAUUCUUUCGGAGAUGUUGGGUAAAAAAUCUACUUUAUUAAAAAUUAAAAUUCUCAAUGGUAAAAAUAUAUCGGAAUAUUCCUGUAAAAGCAAUGAAACCGAGAUCGUCCUGUUACCUGGGACUCGUCUACGUGUCAAUAAUGUGUCAUAUAAUACUAAUCUUGGUAUCGACGAAAUCGAUUUGGAAGAAAUUAGUGAUGAGAUGUUUCAAUCAGAUACAAAUUCAAAUCAUACUACCAAACGUACAUCCAAAGAUGGGUCUUUUGACAAAAUUUGGUUAGAAUGCCGAUUCAAAGAUCCAGAAGGUACAACAAUUAUCAAACCAAACGAAUGUGAACCAUAUCUUACUGAACCCUCCGGAAGCAUUGAUAGGCACAUUCUAAAUCGUAUUAUGGGUUCGAUAUUUGGUUUAAUUUUGGGAGACGCAUUGGGUGCUCAUGUCGAAUUCAGACCUCACACCUAUUUGCUUGCUAACCCAGUUACUGAUCUAAGAGGUGGCGGUACAUGGGGCCUUGAAAAAGGGCAGUUCACAGACGAUGGAUCCAUGACUCUUUGCUUAGCUAAUUCAUUAGUGGCGCGUCGUCGUUUUCUACCUUAUGAUCAAUUGGUUCGCUAUAAAUGGUGGUUUAGACAUGGGUACAUGUCAUCGACUGGAACUUGCUUUGAUAUUGGUGAAAGUACUAAAAAAGCACUUUGUGAGUUUGAAAAUCGACAGACAGUCUUCGCUCAAAAAUAUGGAAUUUCAUUAGAAGAAAUCGAUUUUCUAUCAGAUGAGCAACUUCUCGAAAAAUUCAAUGUCUCUUGCAGUUCAGAUGGAGCAGCUGGUAAUGGUGUACUGAUGCGUUUGGCACCUGUACCUCUAUUUUUCUGCCGAAAUCCAGAAAUCGCUGUUAAACUCUCCGGAGUUAGUGGUCAAAUUACUCACGGAGAUAUGAAAGCCAUUGAUGCAUGUCGUUAUUAUGGAGCACUCAUUGUAGCCAUUAUGCACAAUACAGAUAAAGAUCAACUUCUUAGUGAAGACUUUUAUUUAUCCAAGAUGAAAACUUGGUUCAACAAUAAACCUUUAGUUUCUGAAAUUGAAAACGUCGCCAAAGGAUCAUUCAAGAAGGACAAAGGUUAUGAUGAUGGAAUACGAGGUAAAGGUUACGUUGUCAAUUCUCUUGAGGCUGCAUUAUGGGCUUUUUGGUCUACACACUCGUUUAAGGAAGGUGUUCUAGCAGCAGUAAAUCUUGGUGAUGAUACCGAUACAACGGCAGCUAUUUAUGGUCAGCUGGCUGGUGCAUACUACGGUUAUGAUAAAUUACCACAAGAAUGGAUCAAUUCAGUCUAUUCCAAACGCUACAUUGAAUGUUUGUGCAAGUGGAUUGCAUACGAAGGAAACCAAUCAUACUCCAAGAAUUAA